GUUACAACACUGUUUGUUAUCAUUAUCUAAAACAUGACAGUUACCUCUCACUUCUAAUCUGACAAUUAAUUAUUUGGAUUUUUGAUUUGUGUUUUACGUUUCUACUUAUAGAAAGAAUUAAUUUUAAUAAAAUGAGUGGUACCUCAUUUGUUAAAAUACUAAUAAAAGCACCAAACCAGUUGGUGGAUGACCAAACAGUGCAUUGUGAACGGAAUUGGACUGUUAAAAAACUGAAAGAUCAUCUUGCCAACGUUUACCCUUGCAAACCUCAUCCAGAUGGUCAAAAACUUAUUUAUUCUGGGCAAUUGUUAUCUGAUGAGGCUGUUUUAUCAGAUGUUCUUCGUUCAUAUGAUGGUUUAGAAAACAAUACUAUCCAUUUAGUUUGUUCAUUGAGAGAUUCAAAGAAAAUGACAAGUCAAAAUGCUAAACACAACUCUCAAAGUGGGUUCCGUAAUUUACUUCACCAAAAUAACACAGACUGGAGAGGUGACAGCUUUAGUGCAGAAAAUACUCAUGUUGGAAAUACCACUUCAAUGGUAUUUUCUCACAUUAAUAAUAAUCCUCAGACUAUAGCACAGCAGAAUCUUUUGUUACAACAGGCUUAUAUGAAUUAUAUGGCUCAUUUUUCUCAAAUGUAUUUUAUGGCUAAUAGGAUGGGCACAAUAGAUAAUCGAAACAAUCCAACCACUUCAGUUAAUGAAAGUUCAACUUUUCGAAAUAACCGGGAACCUCAAGCUAAUGAAAGAGCAGAAGAUGAAGGUGAAGAUGGCAGAGAAGAACUUCGUGCUAACAGAGAUUGGUUAGAAUGGUUUUACAUUCUAAGUAGACUCUUCAUACUUUUUACUGUAGUUUAUUUUUACUCCUCUCCUGAAAGAUUCAUUAUGGUCAUAGCCAUGGCAUUAAUUUUGAUUAAUAUUGAUGUUUUUCGCUGGAGAAGAGGGCACAAUCUUGUUGAAAAUCAACCAAGAGAAAAUGAAGUGGAUAAUGCUAGUCCUAAUGAAAAUGCUGAGCAACGUAAUUGGAUUACUAUAACUUGGACAUUUAUGAAAACCUUUUUUUUGUCAUUAGUUCCAGAUAACCGUGAUAUUUAGCCUUCAUUUAUCUAAUUUUAAUCCAAAUGUAAUAUAAGUAUAUAUGUGAGUGUUUGUACAUGUGUAUGUAUACAUUUAUGUACAUAUAUACAUUUAUGAAUACAUACUUUUAUAAAUAUGUAGAUAAGCGAUGCUCAAAUAAGGUCGAGGGAACUGUUCUGUAUUCUUUAUAUACUCUCCUAUUUAAUUUUACAGUUAAUAUAUAAAUAUAAAUUAAUUACUGUUUUUUUUUUAAAUUGAUUCUUCCUUACAAUAUAUAUGAACUGUUAUCAGUUAUAAGAAAAAUUUAUUAUUUUAAAGAACUAUGAGAUUGUACAAUAUAUGAACUUUCAUUACUUAAAGAACUAUGAGAUUAUACAAUAUAUGAACUUUCAUACUAAUUUCCCCAGUAUUCUCCUAUGAAAUAUUAUGACAUAGAUGUGUAUAAAAUGAAUGAAAAAUCAGCUAUUUUAUUUUUUUAUAUAUUUUUUAAAAAUAAUUCUUUGUUUUUAAUUCAUUUUUUAGUGAUUUAUAUUUCCUCUGAUUCAAAAAUUUACCCUUAUUACUAUUAAACGGUAACAUAUA